UUACUUAAAUAGCCAUAUUUUGGCGAGAUUUUGGAUCACAUAUAUUCCCAUUUCUCAGCAACAGCAUACCCUCUAUUCCAUCGUAUAGCGUAUUGAUAUCUCAAUCAUGUUCAUAUUAUACGGACUUCAUUAGCAUGUGUUUGCUUCUUACACAAACACUCCUUUAAUAGUAUAUUGAAGAAGAACGACUAAAAUCGACACUACACACGUUUUACACUCACCAUCACGAAUUGGUUGACCGAUACGAUAGGAUAUACCUGGUAAUUUUAUGAUUUUUCUGAUAUCAUAAUAUCUAAGACCGCGAUUAAAUGUGGCUAGUGAUUUGCGAAGCAGAAAAAAUAUCACCGGUUGAUCAUUUCCGAUGAUGACCGCAAGAAUUGGUGCAAAUAUCAGUCGUUUCAGUCGUCAAAAGAAUUAAUUAUUACAAUGAUUUGCAGACUUUACUUAAACCAAGAUAUAUGAUGCAUUUUGAAACAUCUAUUUCUAAAUCCUUCAUUCUUACGCACUAGAAUAAGUCGUUAGUUGAUGUUUGAAACUUGUCUUAUAUAUCAUCUAGUAACAGAAGAAACUAAAUUUUCCAACUUUCUAACUUUAAUUUACAGAUGCUCCCGCAGUUACAGUUCAGUAUACGAAUGGAACGAUAGAAUGUGAUUGUGAUGGAGUUCCACCAAUUUAUAGUGUGUACCGGUUAGAUCAAAUAUCAAAUAAUGGGGAUGUUGUCCGUUCAGUAAAUUUGAAUACUGAAUCAUUCACUUUCCACACAGACCCUUUUCCGUACCAAGGAAAUGGAAUAUAUAUGUGCGUUGUAAGUAAUGGUAUACCAGAUACUAAUGGAAAUGUACCACAAAAUUGGUCGACAAAUGUCAAGUAUGAAGGUCCACCUGUAUUUGCAAAAGAAAACAGAUAUGUCAAGAUUGGAAAAGUGGGACAGUCAUCAAUUAGGAUGUCAUUUCACGUCUACAGCUGCCCUGAUGUUGAAGAAAUAUUCCUUGAAAAGUUAGGACGGAUGCGUGGUAAGAAAAGAAAAAUAAAUAAAUACUUUUUGAAAUCUACAUUGUUAUAUAAUGAAUUUGACAACAAAGCCGGAAUUCCAGGUUAUGAUAUUUUGAUCGAAAGUGAGGAACGAGGUACAGAUGAUGUUCAAGCCUAUUGCAUCACAGUAAAGAACCGGCUUGGCGCAAGCGACUAUCAUUUUGAAAUCAUAAAGAAAGAGGACCGUGUAAUAAAUCAAAGAAAGAGGACGUAUUUUGUCCCAGUAUGCAUCCUAGGUGCGGUUCUAUUUGGUUCGAUCCUUGUUCAUGUCGGUUGCUGUUUAAAUCUUAUAAGGCCUAGGGUUCAAAUACAUGACAAUGUGCAUGAAGAUCGCACUCAUCAUACAUAUGAUGAAAUCAGGACAAUCUCGUACGGUGCAGUCAGCAACAUACGUUCUUCAGACACAAACGACACUCAAGGCCAUGGAGCUCAUAUCUCAAAUGAAACCAUUGUGCCAUUAACCGAUGGUAGUUCGAAUGAAUUGAAUGCUGACUUUCAUAAUGAUGAUUUACCACAACGUGAGGUUACUGACGUGCAAGGACAACAUAGGCCUAUUUCUAUGAUCGAAACGAACAUUAUAAAUAAAGAACAAUCAAGUGACCAAAAUAGUCAAACUAGUAAUGAAUCUGAAAGUGAAACAUCAAAUAAUGUCAUGGUAGGCAACGUUGGUGAUGGAUAUGAAAACCCUUAUGAGACUGUAACACAAGAUCGUUUAGAGAGUCAUCAGUACAUUCAGAUCACAAGAGAAAGGAACACCAGCCUCUCAUCUGCUGAAUCAAAUUGUGAAGAGCAAAUAACUGAAAAGAGUUUGACAAAGGAAGCGGGAUACAUCAAUCUGCAAUUAUAAUUUUCAAUUAAAUUGGAACACGAAUUUCGGAUUUUUAGUGCAGACAGUUUUAUACAAGCAAUCAGAUUGUUUAAAACUUAAAAUUUUUGAAAUGCAAUGAUCGUUCAUAUGGUUUAAUUCAGUAGUGAGUACCUUGAACCGGUUUUAUAUAUGUUUAUCUUACCAACAUUAUGGAGUUAAGAAUACAAUAUUUUUUUUUGUUCUGAUUUUUAUCGGCAUUUUAUCGUAACAGCUUUUGUCUAUCAACUGAUUAAAUCAUUCGGUAGUCAACUUGUUAGGUAAUUAUGUCUCUUCUUGAAAAAAAAAAGACUUGAAGUUAAGAAAUGUCAAGUGACUAAACGAAAACUGUCCUGUAGUAAAACAUUAAAUUCAAUGAACUCAUGUGCUUAAAUUAAGGUUAUAAGAUGAUAAAAUUGUCAAUAUGGUUAUCAGUAAUUGUAAUUGACAAUAUUAUUUCUCAUCAAGGGAUCAUAACAUCGAUAAAAAAACAACCCACAUACAAUCUUAGUUCUAUCAUUUGUUUUACCAGUGGACCUACAUCAUCCUUCUGUUUGCCUUAGACGUAAUAGAAGCUUUUUUUUUUAGACCGACAUACUGAGCCAGAUUUGUAACGAGCUAGUUCACAAGGAAACAGUCCACAGGAAGACAUGUCACCCUACCCAGACACAUAAUUCUGAUUCCGAGCCGAUCAUUCUUUGGUCUUACUCCUUAAUGCCGCAUGCUUAGUAGAGAAGCAGCAAAUACUGAUUCUGUGAAAAGGCUCGGACGUGGUUCUAACCCUUGAUCUCCUGCACUCAAGGCGAAAUAGCUUCCACGCGACCUUUAAGGCGGUUAGGAUGUUGAGGAGAAUUAGCUAGUCUACCUAUUUAAUACAUUGUUUUGAUUAAAUAUAGUAAAAUUGCGGUGCCAUAUAGAUAAAACUAUUGACAGGAUAAACUCUUUUGUACUUGAAGCAUUACAUAUGUCUACAACAAUGACAAAAGAAAAUAAAGACUUUUUGAUGUGUGAACAAAAUAUUUAGAUAUUUGAAUAUGAAAUUUCUAUUUAAAAAUCAAGCAAAGUUCAAAAUCAAUAAUAUUAGCAAUAAAAAAAAUGUAAUAUACGUCCUAAAUGUGUUAAAGGGGCAUUAGCUUCGAUUUAUUUUUGGUCAAUCAUAAAUGAAAGUGAAAUAGUGAAUAAAUCGCUUUUAGCAGCCAGUUUGGUUCCAUAUUGUCAAAAUAAGCUAAACAACAUUGCUGGUGAAUUAUUAACUUGCAAGUACAUAAUUCGACCUCAUUGCAUCCGUAUUCAUGUGACCUUCAAUUUAACCCCUUGGAUAUAGAUGGGUUACGCAUAAACUAGGCGUGUUUAGCUUUUAAAAGGAAAAGAAUGUCAACAUUGAAAGUUAAAGAAGGGUAAACCAUUUGGUUGACUGAUUCUAUCCACAAAAACUCAUUUUUAUACAGGUAAAAACGAUAGUUAAAAUAUUUUUGUUAACCUAUAGUAUGAAAUUAAACAGACCUAGAAAAAUGCAAUCGCACGUGUUCGCUAUCAAUUUAUAUCUAUGUUUAUGUUUAUAUCGGUUAUAUGACCGUCGGCGGUCGUCGGAGGUCUCUUGGAUCGUUAAUUAGAUGGCGUCUAGACUAAAAUACACACGAAAUGGUGAUACAUAUUAUCUCGUCCAUGAACCGUAAAUUGUUUUAGACUUUCUAUAAUUUGGAUAUACGUUUUAGUAUGUUAUAAAUCAAAUAUGAGAAUGAUGAACAUUGAUUUAUGAGCUAAUGCCCCUUCAACAUAUUGACAAAUGUUUUUUUCAGUGACAAAAUAAGUCUUUGUUCUGUGGAUAAAAAUACAAAACAUUUUUAAUUAACUUUGUGCUUGACCCUUAGUCCUCGUUGGUAAUAGGGAACUGAGGCAGUUAUUUACAAAUAACGAAUACAUGAUUUACCACUUGCAAUUGAAAAGUGUAGAUACUUGGUCCAAGAAGCCAAAGACAUCAUCAUGUAAAAUAUGUAAAACAGAUCUUAGCUUAUUUGAAUUGUAUAAAAGGAGAUCAGCAAUAUGGGAAACAAUAUGACAAAAUACCAAGCAAAGUUCAGAAUAAUAAUAUACACUUAGAUAGUUGUCUUGAUGUCUUUGAUGGAUGGUUGUCUCAUACUACAUCUUUUUAACUAGCAUGAUAUAUCAUGAUCGCAGUGUUACUGUUGAUAGUUAAAUAACAUUGUUAUAAAUAC